AGCUCUCAGUUCUCAGUCCUGCAGAAUAACUGUGCAGACAUGGGAUGAGAUGAGGAAGACAAAGGGACACAUGGUACUCAACAGACAAAUUAAGGGAUAAAUGGAGUGAGUGAGUGUGUGAUGCCCUGAGCACCAUGAUGAACUCCGUGGACCAAAUUGAUCAGGAGAAGCUUAUUAUGUACAUCACCCUGCCAUUGUCCUCCAUCAUCAUCCUCACCAACCUGCUCAUCAUCGUGAGCAUAGCCUGCAACAAGCAACUCUAUGACACCCCCAACUACCUUUUCCUGAGCCUGCUGGUGGCAGAUCUCUGCACAGGCCUUGCUCUACCCUUCAUCCCUCGCAUGGGGCUAAAUCAAACGCUUCACUUUGGGACCUGCCUGCUUGUACACAUCUUUCCCAAUUUCCUCUUCCUGUCUUUCCUCUUCAACCUGGUGAUGGUGCACUAUGAGCGGUAUCUGUGCAUCGUCCAUCCGCUGCACUACAGCCAGUUUUGGGUACACCGCUGCUUCCCUGCUGCACUUUUAACUGUAUGGAUUCCUCCUCUUCUCUAUGCUAGUUUACCCGCCUUUGGAUGGAACAAAUGGACAGAGAAACCACAUAACCAGAGCGAAUUAACAGAAAGUGGACAUAACUUUUCAGAAAGCUCACCUGAUAAGGAAAAUUAUUGCUCCUACAAACAGAUUUUUCCAGAUACAUUUAUCUACUUGGAAGUCUACGGUAUACUCCUGCCUGCCAUCUUCUCCAUCCUGGCUAUGACUGGCCGAGUUCUCUGGAUUACUAGAAAGCAACUGCGUGACAUUUGUAAGCUUAGCCGUUCGGUAGAGCGCAGCACGGCCUCGGAGCAGGAACAUCGCCUAAAUCUACGCUACGCAAAGUGCGUCACUGCUGUCUCGCUCAUCUUCCUGGUCUGCUGGAUGCCCUACAUCAUCUACCUGCAUAUUUCUGUCAUGUUGCUCAGAGAAAACAGUGAGAGAAACCCCUCCCUCAAUAUCAUCCUCUCAUGCACGGGAAUCGGCAGCAUGGCCAUUAUACCCAUCAUCCUCAGCCUAGCUAACAGGCAGUACACUCAACCUGCACGCAAACUACUGAUGAAAUUCAGGACUCGCUGCUCUAGAAUACAGGACCUGAGAGAUCCUCCCUGAAAGGUUUCUUCGUCUGGCAGGAAUAGGACCCUGCCCUUGUGAAUGUGUAGGAGGUGGAUUUUGGCAGCUAGAACUGUUUGAUUUCCUUGAAAGUUUAUGAAGUAGCUAGUGUGAUCACUUUUUUUUUUGUUUUUUUUCUGCAUUCCAGUACUGUUUCAAUUUUCCCUUUGUUGAAAACUUUUUACUUCCUAAUAGGAUUUGACCUUAAUGGUCUCCAUUCAUGAUCUAAUAGGUUUAAUGAUUAGCAUUAGCGUUUAAUUAUUUAUUUAAUUAACUUGAUACUACCUAGAACUUAGUGUACCGUUAUUACCAUAACAUUUUUUUUAAACCAUAAAACCUUUAUUGACACAUGGUUGACAUAUACACUAUUUCUCCAAAAGUAUUGGGACACCUCAACUUUCCUGCUAUAUGUAGUUAUUC